CUCUCGCUGAAGGGUCCUUCGCCCUCCUCCUUUCCCCGCAGACCACCCUCGAUGAAAUUCUUGCACAUGACAGCGUAGAUUUUGUUUUGUUAUCAAGGCGGAUGCCCAGAUACGCCAACGGUACGAUGAGUUGCCUCGCCAUUGCCCCAUUCAUUGCGAGCUUGCUGGGGACUUCCCUUCGCGUUUAUUGUGGCCACAAGGACACGGGCGAUAUUACGCCUUGCUCUGUCGACCGCCCCAGUGCGGAUUGUGUUUUUCUACCCGACUUCUUGGAGGGGGAGUGGGAUUUAGACAUCUUGUCUCCGGCUGGAUUCAACAGGAUGCGGGAGAUUUCUGCGUAUACCAAGGCCGAAGUCGCCAAUAUUGAAGAGCAUUGAACGAAUUUGCCAUCCCUGAACGAAGUUAUCCCGUUUCCCGUGGUGCAAAUUCUACGUAAUUGACUUCCGUAACCCAAAUUUUGCCGCCGAAUGGGAGCUUCAAGCAAAGUGUAACUCUGCAGGAAUACAGCCACGCAAGACUAAAAGCCCAAGCCCAUCGACCAAUAAAAGCAGUCCUCAGGCUCAUGUACGAAUUACUUUUGGUAUAACGGUAUUUCUGCACACGAGAUCAUUCCGGAUCCGCCGGCCUAGCGUACGCGAAAGCCAGGUAUGCAUCCAAAAAUUGACGUAUGCGCUAACAAAAGGUCUCAUUGUACAUGCUGUAUUCCCAAUACCACAAUUACAUGCGAA